AUGGCUGAUAAGAACAUAGUCAAUGAUGCUGUUAAUCAACAAACUGUGAUACAACCGAAUGAAUAGCCUGAUGUUUAAAAUUAGCAAACAUUCACCACAAAGAAAAAGGAUAAUAAAGAUAAGGGUUAUCCACCAGAUUAUAGAAGGAGAAGAAUCAAUAAAAUGAAAUAGAUAGAAAAGUUUUUGAUAGAAGAAGAGAUAUAUUAGCAUGUUGAUACAAGUUUUUAGGCAGAUGUUAAAUAUUUAGAUGAACUUGAUUACCACUUGGGUGAUUUUGUUUUUAAAUUAAGAAACCCAGAUCAUCCUAAUUUUGAAUAUAACAAAGAAUCCUAGUUACAAAUAUAAAAAUUAAUUGAUAACUCUUUAUAGAAAAAAAAACCUUCUUAAAUGAAGUUCAGUCAAUUAUCAAAAAUGGCUGAUUUAAUUCUGCAUGCAGACACUCCAUUUGAAACAGUUAGGUCAGAAAACCACUUAAUUAAUUUAGCUUUAUUUAGAGUAUUCAAAAGAAUUUAUGACUAUGUCAAACUUCGUGAUGAUCCAAAUCAAGAAGAAUAUAAUUUACUUAAAGAGAAAUAUUAAGAAUAAAAUGAAAAAUAAUUUAUGAUUAAGUACACUCUUGAUAAUCUUGGUGUUUUCGAAACAAUACCCAAGCCUCCAAAAGAUAGAAAAAAAAAUAGGCAAUAUAAAAAAGCGAAUAUGAUAGUAGACGAUGAAGGUUAUGCAAACACUUUGAAAAACGAUAUAAAAAUACCUAUUGCCAAUAUGGCUGGAGAGGGUAAAGUUGAUUAGAGAGUCCCUUAUUUAAGAAAAGAUUAAAGUGGAAAGUGGGUUAGAACUGAUAAUCCUGUUUCUGAUUUUACUACACUUUUCAGGAAUUAUUUGAUUUAUAAAUUAGCAGUUUAGGGUGGAUUUAAAUUGAGAUAGUUUAUUUCUUAAAGUGGAGAGUUUUUUUAUAUUGUUCUUUAUACAUCUUUCGAAAAUUUAAAAGCCCAAGCCUCAAUUAUGAGUUUGAAUAAAACAUUUUCUUUAACUCAGACAGAUAUUUUCUCUUUAGAGCCAGUUGACUCUAGAAUGAGACCUCUUCGUUUGAAUCAUCAAUUAAGACUCCUUACUCCCCAAGUUAAAGACGGAGAUCCUGCAAAGCUAUAACUAGUUAGGGAAGAAAGAGAGUAAAGAGAAAAAUUGAAAGAUGAUUUAGUAAAAGGAAGAUACAAGAAGGAGUUAGAAAAGCAAAUGUUAAAAUAUAAAGGCCAUAGAUUUAUUUCAGAUGAAGACUAUUCAAAAUUAAUUGAUAUUAGUGUUAAAACAAUAGUACUUUCUGAAAUUCAAAUAGAUAAAUACAUUGACAUUAAAAUGGAAAAAAAUAAAUUAAACGUUUUUUAUGAAGAUGAUAGAAAAAUUUUAUUGUAAAAAUAAAAAGUUUUAGGAGAAACCAUUACAAAUGAAAGAAUUAAAAUUAAAAAAUAAAUUGUUAAGGAUAUUGAAAAUAUUCCUCUACUUUAACACUCUGCAUUCGCUCGUAAAUAUAUUAAUAAUAAGGGACCAAGCAUAAGCAAAUUCAGCAAAUAAUUCUUUGAAACAAAGCUAAAAAUUCUAGAACUUCUCUUUCAUAUUGAUUUUAAAUUGCUUUAAUUUGAGUGUGGCUCUUCUUAACUUCAAACAAAAGAAGAAAUUCAAGAAAAUAAUGAAGAAUCAUACAAUACUUACUUAGGAUAUCUAAGCUAUCUUGAGAAACUUAAUGAACUCAUUUAAAAAGUAAGAGAAAAGUAUAGAGACAAAGAGGAGUAUGAAAUCGAUUCAUACACACUUAAAUAGAUUUUAGAUACAAAGAGACCUAUUGAAUUAAAGUCGUUGUUAGGUAGAAAUAAGAAAAAACAAAAAACAUAUGUUGUGAAGAAGAUUAAGACUACUCCAAAUGAAUAAGCACUAGAAAUACAUAUUCCUGCAGCUAAUUGGAAAAAGUACAUUUAUGGAAAUAUGCAGCAAGAGAUUUAUGAAGCAUUUACUUUAGCUCUUAGAAGAGCUCAGAAAGGCCCAAAUGGUAGGAAUAUUAAGACUAUUUGGGAUUAUUAAGGAUAAUCAGUUUAGCAAAUAUUUUCUGAUUAUAUUUACGUACCAAGCUCUAAAAGAAUUCGCAAUAAAAUUCUUCUAGAAAAUUGCUGGCAAAGAUAGCCAAUAAACUUAAAUGAAAAAAUGGAAAUAUUCAACAAGAUGGAAAGAAUAAAGAUUACUACUUCUUUAUUAGUUAGCUUGCUUGAUUUUUCAAAGCUCAAAACUCAAGAAGACCUCAUUUACGAUUACUUCCCAUUGCAUGAUAAAUACUUGCUUUUUGGGUAACGUGAACACUCUGAUAUUUUUAGGAGGAUUAUAUAAGAAAAGAUAAAAUAAGAUUACCCAAACGAAGAGGAUUAUAAAUUUUAGAUAAUUAAUUCUGAUAAACAUUAUGAGUUAUAAAUAAAAAAUUACUAAAUGAUUACAGAUUUAUGCUUAUUACCAAAUUGGAAUCCUUUGUUGAUAUAUAAUGUUCCUGAAUAAGAAAUUUGUGAAUAUUUUGGAGAAAGAAUUGCUCUUUAUUUUACUUUCCAAAGCUUUUAUUUCAAAGCUCAGUUUUCUGUUGCUUUAUUAAGUACUCCAAUUUUCAUCGUUUAUGAGUAUUUUGGUCAAACAGAUAAAGGAUUAGGUGCUCAAAUAGCUGGUUUGAUCCAUAUAUUUAUUGUUGUUAUAUGGUCAAAUGUAUUUUAUGGACAAUGGACUUAUAGAGAAGCAGAAUUUUCUUUAAAGUACAACCAAUCUCAAAGUGGUGAAGAUGAAGAAGAUAUAAGACCUGGUUUUAGAGGCGAAUACGAACGUUCAAUUACAUCAAACAAGUUGAAUGAUUACAGUUAUGACAGAAGAUUAACUGAAAAAUCUGAAAGAAACUAUUGGAUUUUAAUAUUUUUUAUACUAAUAGUAAACAUAGUUAUUAUUUACGCUCUUAUAUACUUGUAAUCUUACUUUGACGAUCACAACACAAUAGACUCUGGAAAAACUUUUAUGGGAUUGAACAUAUUUAUUCCUACAAUAAUUCUUGAGUUCAUCUUCUGGGUUGAAGAAUUCCUCUUUAAGAAAUUUGCCUUAUUCACCUGCAGAGAAGCUAAUUUCAAAACAACAAAGGAAUUUGAAUAAAGCUAUUCAACCAAAUUGUUUACUUUUAUAUUCUUUAACCACUUAGUCCCUCCUACUUUGAUUUCGUUUAUCAUAGAUCAAAACAUAGGUUGUGUGUAGGAUGAUUGCUCUUAUCAUCUCUCUGUUUAUAUUAGAUCAUAUUAGUACAUCAUAGUAUUUAAAAGUAUAGUUGAAAUAAUUUAUCCUUUACUUAGAAGCUCUCUUAAUAAUGUCACUCAGUUAGUUAAAUAGCUAGUUAACAAAGAUGUAGAUCAAAAGUAGUAAUAUCUCUUCGAUCAUGUUAAUAUAGAAAUCGAGAACCAAUCAGGAUUAAUGGACAGUGUGAUAGAUGAAAUAGAUCAGCCAACAAGAGAUUAUAUUGAAAUGUUUACCUAUUAUUGCUUUAAUGUUACUUAUGGAUUUGGUUUUCCUCUUGUUUUUGCUAUAACUUUUGGAAUCACAUUUAUUAAAAUGAUUGUCACUAGAAGACUUUUUACAAGAAGAAUCAAGAGACCUAAUCCAUAAAAUGCUUCUACAAUAGGUAUUUUCAGGCAAUUUAUGAAUUUAGGUUCUUCGUUAUCUAUUCUUACAUACACUGGUAUAUUCUGCUUCACAAGAAGCCAAAAGCCUGACUGGGGUCCUUUCACUCAACUUAAUGCAUUUAUGUUUAUUUCAUUUUUCUUCUUUGUCGUGAAAUUCUUUAUUGAUAGAUAUUACUCUGAACUCGAUUCCAAGACUAUGGAUAUUUUAAAAAGACAGGCAUUUAUCAGAGACAAUUACAACCUUAAAAAUAAUCUAUCUGGACCAUCUACAAAGGUAGUAGAGUCUAAUCCUUUCUUUAAAGUAUAUGGUACAUAUCUAGAAGAUAAAACAGAGCAAUUAAAGAAAAAUAAUUGA